GAGUGAGACCUCCCACUCCGUGUCCCCGCCCUACUCGGUGCGGCUUCCUCAGGUGUUUUCAGACUGGGACGGGACUGUCCGAGCGCUGCAGGCCUUACCUCCGCGGAACAAAUCAUGGGAAUACAAUUCAGAACUGCACCCGGAGUUUAAGAACAAUCUGAUGUAAGACGUUCAGCUAUGAGGAGGACUGAUUACCGGACACAGGAGAGGAUCUUUGCUGCGUGUUUCUGACACACAGCGGAUUACUUCAACUUGAAGUCAGCGCAGGUGUGGCUGCUGUCUGCUAUCACCCGGGGCAGGCUGCGAGGAUUUGGCUGCUUUUUUAUUUUAAAGUUGACAGUUUGUGUGGUUGAGGGCUCACCAUGCCGGAGAUCAUUACUGUGAAUGAGUUUAUAGCGGAGACUAAUGAGGACUACAAAGCUCCAACAACAUCCAGCUUCACCACUCGGAUGUCCCACUGUAGGAAUACAGUGGCGGCUCUGGAGGAGGCUCUGGACGUGGACCGAUCCGUUCUGCACAAGAUCAAGAAGUCGGUGAAGGCGAUCCACUCAUCUGGUCUGGCGCACGUGGACAACGAGGAGCAGUUCAUCCAGUCCCUGGAGAAGUUCGGCGACAACUGCGUCUGCAGAGAUGACGCCGAGGUCGGCUCGGCCUUCCUCAAGUUCUCCGUGUUCACCAAAGAGCUGACGUCGCUCUUCAAAAACCUGUUGCAGAACAUGAACAACAUCAUCACGUUUCCUCUGGACAGCCUUCUGAAGGGAGACCUGAAGGGAGUCAAAGGGGAUCUAAAGAAGCCGUUUGACAAAUCCUGGAAGGAUUAUGAGACCAAAGUAGUGAAGAUCGAGAAGGAGAAGAGGGAACACGCCAAGCAGCACGGGAUGAUUCGCACGGAGUUCAGCGGCGGAGAGAUCGCCGAGGAGAUGGAGAAGGAGAGACAACUCUUCCAGCUGCAGAUGUGUGAGUAUCUCCUUAAAGUGAACGAGAUCAAAGUGAAGAAAGGCGUCGACUUCCUGCAGAACCUCAUCAAGUAUUUCCACGCUCAGUGCAAUUUUUUCCAGGACGGACUGAAAGCCGUCGAGAGUCUGAAACCAUCUGUAGAGAAGCUGACGACAGAGCUGACGACGAUUAAGCAGACUCAGGACGGCGAGAGGAAACAGCUGACUCAGCUCCGAGACGUCCUGAAGGCGUCUCUGCAGUCCGAGCAAAAAGAGGAUGCUCAGAACAAACAGAGUGCCGGUUACAGCCUCCAUCAGCUGCAGGGCAACAAGGCGCACGGCACUGAGCGCUCCGGAUUCCUCUACAAGAAAAGUGAGGGACUGAGGAAGGUUUGGCAGAAGAGGAAGUGCUCGGUGAAGAACGGUUUCCUGACCAUCUCCCACGGCACGGCUAACACACCUCCAGCCAAACUGAACCUGCUCACCUGCCAGGUGAAGAGGAAUCCGGAGGAGAAGAAAAGCUUCGACCUGUUCUCACACGACAGGACGUAUCACUUCCAAGCCGAGGACGAAGCAGAGUGUCAGAUCUGGGUGUCGGUGCUGCAGAACAGCAAGGAGGAGGCGCUGAACGCUGCGUUUAAAGGCGAUCAGGACGAAGGAGAGAACAACAUCGUGCAGGAGCUGACCAGAGCCAUCGUCGAGGAAGUGAAGAGGAUGAGCGGCAACGACAGCUGCUGCGAUUGCGGAGCCGCUGGUCCCACCUGGCUGUCCACCAACCUGGGGGUGCUGAUCUGCAUCGAGUGUUCGGGGAUCCACCGGGAGAUGGGGGUCCACUACUCGCGGAUCCAGAGUCUGGACCUGGACGUCCUGGGAACCUCCGAGCUGCUGUUGGCGAAGAACGUGGGAAACGCCAGCUUUAACGAGAUCAUGGAGGCGGAGCUGUCGGCGCAGGACGUCACCAAACCCGACCCGAGCAGCGACAUGCAGACGAGGAAGGAUUUUAUCACAGCCAAGUACACGGAGAAGCGUUGGGUCCGGCGUGUCUGCGGCGACGCGGCGUCCAGACUGAAGCAUCUGUGUGACGCCGUGAUGAACCGAGACAUCGAGGCUCUGAUCCAGGUCUACGCAGAGGGGGCGGACCUGCGGGACACCAUCCCAAUACCCAACCAACACGAACCUGAAGAGACGGUGCUCCACCUGGCGGUCCGAAUGGUCGACAGGAACUCGCUCCACAUCGUCGACUUCCUCGCCCAAAAUAGUGGGAACCUGGACAAGCAGACGGCCAGAGGAAGCACAGCGCUGCAUUACUGCUGUCUGACUGAUAACAGCGAGUGUCUGAAGCUGCUGCUGAGAGGGAAGGCUUCAGUCUCCAUCACCAACGAAGCCGGAGAGACGCCGCUGGACCUCGCCAAACGCCUCCGACACACUCAGUGUGAAGAGCAGCUGAUUCAGGCUCAGACGGGAAAGUUUAACGUGCACGUUCACGUGGAGUACGAGUGGCGUCUUCAGAACGACGACAUGGACGAGAGCGAGGACGAGAUGGAGGACAAGCCGAUCCCGAUCCCGACGUGGCGCGAGGAGCGUCCGGUCAGCUGCUUCGUGCCGGGCUGCGGCCCCGGGCAGCCCAACCUCUCCGUGCUGGCCCGGGACGCCGCCUCUCUGGCGCGGGACAAACAGCGGCCGCCAGCGCCGAGCGUGAUGAUCAGCAACGAGACGUACGGCACCAUGAUGGACCUCAACCUGCCUCCACCAGGACCACUGCCUCCACUGCCGCCCAGAGGACCCAACAGAGGAACCGGUAAACCUGUUGUCAUGGAAACGGUAGGAAGACAGCGGUCGUCCUCCGACCCCCCCAACCCUCAAACCCCCGACAGGAACUCCAUGUAUGUGCUCCCAGUGGUUCCUCCUCCUCCUCCUCCAGCAAACAAGAGGGCCACCAUGUUGGAGACCAAAGCCAGGAACACCCCCCUGCCCCCUCGGCCCCCCCCAGUCCCCCCGCCCCCGCCCGUCCCACCACCCCCCCUCUUCAGAGCUCCGCCUGUCCCCCCACCAGUCCCUCUUCACCAGACCACCAAACCAGCCGGACGCAAGUCCCCCAAAUCUCCCACUGGAUCAGAGCAAGGUCCUCCACAGAGACCUCCAGUCAGGGCCGAAUCCAUGGACAAACGAGGGACUAAGCCCAAAUCCCCACACCGUGCAGCUCCCCCGACCCCCAAACCCAGGAGCACCUUCUCCAAGCAGAAGCCUCAGAGAGUGAAAGCCAUAUACAACUGUUCGGCCGAUAAUCCAGACGAGCUGACGUUUACGGAGGGCGAGGUGAUCGUGGUGGAGCGGGAGGAGGACAGCGAGUGGUGGGUCGGUCACGUUGAGGCAGAUCCGACCCGGCGAGGAGCGUUUCCUGUCACCUUCGUUCACUUCAUCACAGAGUGACCCAGACGCCAACGCCAUCGCCAACGCCAACGCCACCGAGACACUGCUGUGUUCAAACGUUUCCUCUGCUGCCCUGCAGGACUUUACAAACUCACAGAACUUCAUUUUAUAUUUUUGUUAAUUAUGGAGUUCAUUGUUCUUUAACCAACAUCAAUUAAAUCAUACUGUGUGUGUGUGUGUGUGUGUGUGUGUGUGUGUGUGUGUGUGUGUGUGUGUGUGUGUGUGUGUGUGUGUGUGUGUGUGUGUCUCUCACCAUUAUUAUUAUUAUUAUUUUAACAUGUUGGUUGAAGGGAAACUCUUUCCAUGUGAGAAUGGUUUAAUAUGAUUUUAUUUUACUCUCAUUUUAACGCAGUGUCAUUAAAAACAUGAAACUACUCCUUUAA